AUGAAAAGCGACUUCAUUGGUCACUUUUACGGCGCUGGACGGAGAUGGCCUGGUAGAAUCCUAGCUAUCAAAUUUCAGGAACUGGCCACUGCACAGCACAUUCCUACUUCGCAAUUGCCUGCGGUCACUAAUGUCAACGGAGUAGUGAUGGCGGCUGGCUCGAUCCUGUACUCACUUGAAGGACAAGCUAUGGUGCUCCCACUGGAGAACAAAAUGAAGCAUCCGAAAGACAUGGAUGGCUUCAACGGUGUUCUUUCUACGGGCGUUUCCUUGGUAACGUUGAUCUACGCGGCAUGUGGAUUCUACGGCUACAUCACCUAUGGGGAUCAAGUCCAAGGCAGUGUCACACUGAAUCUGUCUGAUACACCACUGAACUUCUCCGUUAAAUGCAUGCUUCUGUGCGUCGUCUUUCUCGAGUUUCCUUAUCCAGCAAUACCCGAUAGUGGAAAUGCUUUGGCCGAUGGCAAAGCGCCCUCUACGAGCUCGAAACACCAAACGAGCCUACAUCAUCGCACUCGAGUACCUGUUCCGAUUCUCGAUAUGGGCUUGGCAUGGUUGAUACCAAAUCUGGACCAGAUAAUCCCGUUGGUUGGUGUGACUGCUGGUAUGCUCCUCGCUCUGGUCCUGCCGGCAAUACUCGAAGUGGUCGUGUUUAUUGAGGAAUGGCGGGCGAAUUUCACAACACUCAGGGUAUCUGUAUAUGUUGGUUUGGAUUGUUUCUAUGCCAUAUUAGGGUUGUUUUUUGUCAUUACGGGUUUACAAGCGAACAUUAAAAGUUUGAUGCAAGGAGAAUCAAGCUGA